CGAAAUGAUCGAUAUCGCAUAAAAAUCGGGCUGUGUUCCAGCUCUAGCAGCAACUACCAUAGCAAAAAUAAAAAACCUAAUAAUAAAGAAAAGAGUCAAUUUAGUGCAAUCACUUGCAAUAUAAGCCCAAAGUCCUAGCUAGCGUUUAAGAUUGGCCUUGCCCAGCGACCGCAGGCCUGCAACAUACACAGUGUGAAACCAUCGAAACAAGGGAAAGCAGAAAGUAUCAAAAUGUCGGAAAUGCAGAUGGAUUGUGCUUUGGAUCUGAUGCGGAGGCUGCCGCCCCAGCAGAUCGAGAAGAACCUCAUUGAUCUGAUAGACUUGGCCCCGGAUCUCUGCGAGGAUCUGCUCUCCUCUGUGGACCAGCCUCUGAAGAUCGCCAAGGACAAGGAGCACGGCAAGGACUAUCUGCUGUGCGACUAUAACCGGGAUGGUGACUCCUACAGAUCGCCCUGGUCGAACUCCUACUAUCCGCCGCUGGAGGAUGGCCAAAUGCCCUCGGAACGACUGCGCAAACUGGAAAUCGAGGCCAACUAUGCCUUCGAUCAGUACAGGGAGAUGUACUACGAGGGCGGCGUCUCCUCCGUCUACCUAUGGGAUCUGGAUCACGGGUUUGCCGCCGUUAUACUGAUCAAAAAGGCGGGAGAUGGCAGCAAGAUGAUCCGCGGCUGCUGGGACUCCAUCCAUGUGGUCGAGGUUCAGGAGAAGACCACCGGCAGGACGGCCCACUACAAGCUCACCUCCACGGCAAUGCUGUGGCUGCAGACCAACAAACAGGGUUCGGGUACCAUGAAUCUGGGCGGAUCGCUCACCCGCCAACAGGAGCAGGACGCCAAUGUCAGUGAGUCGUCGCCGCACAUCGCCAACAUUGGCAAGAUGGUCGAGGAGAUGGAGAACAAGAUCAGGAACACCCUGAACGAGAUCUACUUUGGCAAGACCAAGGACAUUGUGAACGGACUAAGGAGCACACAAUCGCUGGCCGAUCAGCGCCAACAGGCGGCCAUGAAGCAGGACCUCGCAGCGGCCAUCCUGCGACGCAAUGUCAAGCCCGAAUCGAACUGAGUACUGAGCGGCUGAAGGCUGAAUUUCCACAUAAACCAAUCCAGUCCUUGGAGGUCCCACUAGCUGACUGCUCCCAAAAAGGGUGCCGUAAUGUGCGAAUUGCAAGGCACUGUCGUCGCUACUAAUUAUUGUCAUAAAUAGAAAUCAUUUUCAUAAUACUUGGGCUGCACACCCACCCAAUUCGCAGUUACUCGCCCUUUUUUCUGCCGAGCAGCUUGGAGGAUUUCGCUUAGACUGGACUAAAAAGCAGACUAAAAAUAUUAAAUACGCAUUUCUAGGCAGUAAAUUUGUUACAUGAGAAAAUUGUUACACCGCGAGAAACAUAUUAAUGUAAAUUUGAACGCCCGCCCGCCCGUUUCAACAGUCCUCCCACAUUGUUGCAGUUUAGAGUCGCGCUUCAUCCAGAGUUCAGCCGAAAAUGCCAACUUCGCCGCUCUCAAGACAGUAUCCAUAAGUAUUUGUAUCUUAUUUGUAAUAAUGCAUAUUUGCACCGAAGUCGAGGCACUUGAGUUUCGUUCUUAAUCCUUCCGCGAAUAAAUAUUGUGUUUAUUAAUUGUGACUUUGUGUUUGUGUGUACUCUAACAGUAAGGAGCUCGAAGCAAAAUAUUAACUGAAAUCGCUUUGUGAUUGUAUUAUCUGAGGAAAUGCACAUUACCUUUCUACUUUACUUAAUAUUUUUUAACAAAAAUUUGGAAGGCAAAGAGAAAUUUUAUACAAAGAAAACUAAUAAAUAUUGAAUUACAA